AUGACUGAGACUGAAGGGCUAAGCCCUGACGAGGCUGCGGCCGCUGCGCGAGCCGCCGAGCAAGCCCGCUUGCGAAAGGAACGCCGCGAAGCAAAGAUCAAGGCGGGAGGCAACGCUCGCUUGAACAGGAUCACUGGCCUGGGAGGAGGCCUUCAGAGAGCAUCCUCACCUGGCCCCGCCCCGGCAGCCAAACAAGAGGCUGGCGCCGAGGAGAAGCAUGGCGAUCCCGACGAGGUCGACAUAUCUGAGCACUACUACGAGCCGCAGAAGACGAAUCGGAUCCCUUCGCCAUCGCCCGCAGCCAGAGGGAGUGACCCGAGCAAUGUUUCCGAGGACCAACUGCGGCAGAUGAUGCUCGGCUUUGACCGCCCAGCAACUCCCGGCGCCAACGGCACAACGCCUGCCAACCCACUUUUCGACCCAUCUAUGUUCACUGGUCAAAAUGGCGAGGAGGACCCUAUGAUGAAGAUGCUCUCGCAGAUGCUCGGGCCCGGCGGGAUGCCGCCCAACUUCGGCCAGGGCGGCCCGGGCGGCGCAGGCGGCCCAGCCACCAACCCGUUCGCCGGCGGAAACCCAUUCGCAGGAGGCUUGCAACAGCAGCAGCAAGCCGCUGCCUUCGACCCCUACGCCGCGUUCUGGCGCGUGGUGCACUUCCUCCUCGCAGCCGGGCUGGGACUGUACAUCGCGCUGCUGGCCGACUUCUCGGGCACCAAGAUCGAGAGGGAGCGAGGCGCGUUCGCCGCCAGCACCGGGCAGGCCGAUGACGGGCGCAAGUACUUCUUCUGGACCUUCGCCACCGCCGAAACGAUCUUGCUCACGAGCAGGCUUCUCCUGGACCAGGGCCGGGCGCCGCCUCCGGGAAUCUUGGGGACUAUCUUGGGAUUCAUACCGGAUGGGAAAUCGAAGAGCUUGGUCACUACGGGGCUGAAGUACUCGCGUAUCUUCACCACAGUUCGCUCGGACAUAUUAGUUUGUGUUUUUGUGCUGGGGGUGACUUCAUGGCUGAGGUCUUGA